CAUUUGGAGAAACUUCAGUACCACAAGCAGACCAUGACUGCAAAAGAUGCUCUUCCAUCUCUAGCUGCCAAACUUGCAGACAAGUUCAAAACCAGGUUUGCAGUGGUAAGGCGACUGAAGAAAGCAGUUGAAGACUCGUACAAUCGAGCUGCGAAUACAAAGCCAGCCAAGGAAUGCUGUAAGGCCGAGAAAUCUAAACUUCAAUACAACACGAGGUUCCGAUCUCUAGUGGACGUAAACAAUUUUUGUGCUCAGAUUUCUAGUACUGCUUCACCCAGCCCUGUCCACUUAGAUGGAAGCGUUCUUAUGGAAAUGAAAGCUAUUUUUAAAACGUAUUCUUUCUUCACUUGGCAGUACUUUGCUUCAGAGGAAGGCAUGUUGACUGUCUUUCCGGUUCACUUUAACGAAAAGGAUUGUUCUAAAUACGACCCUCGAUACAGACCGUUUUACGUGGAAACCGCCACUCCGGAAGCUAAAGACGUGGUUUUGGUGAUCGAUACAAGUGCAUCCAUGAUUGGAGAGAAACUUGUCAUCGCCAAAAAAGCUGCAAACACAGUGCUAGAAACCAUGAAUCCAAAAGAUCAUGUAAGUGAAUAAUAACUAAAUAAGGAACAGAAAACAUCUGUGCUUACGUGCUUAUCAAUGGGGUUGCAGAUGAGAGAGGAUAUAUAUUAGCUUGAAUACAAUAACCAAUCGACGUUUCGACUGGAAAGCGUUUCCGGGCGAGUUCGCCUUGCCCUCGUUUCAACUUUCGCGAAAUGCCUCAAUCGCGGAAACCCAUGUUACGCGCGCUAACAUUUCAAUGCAUCGUGCCGAAUAAUUUUCUUCACAUGAAAUUUUAACUGGCUUCGAAAGUAGACUUUUUCUUUUCUUUUCUUUUUUAAUUUUAGGUUGGAAUUGUAUCCUUUAACACUAGGGUCGCAACCCCUGGAAUCUUUGGUGGGAAAAGGUUAUGUUACGAUGAACAGUUAGCAAGAGCAACUCCUGAAAACAUCAAUAGUUUAAAAAGCUAUGUUGGAGGACUUGUUUCCCACGGUAAGAGCUAGGCGUCUCAUAUAUUUUAUGUAUCUGACUGGAUUUGCAAAAACAUGGCUAUAGAAAUCUCUCUAAUAUACCUUCUGACCGAGUCUUGUAGUGGAGAUUGUUUUCAUUUUUUUUUCAGUUACUUUUUAUUGCCCCCGCAAGGAUUUCGCCCAACUCGCGCGUAUAUUAAGGAAAGUACUUACAGUUGAAAUAUACAGUCCGUAUGCCAGAAAAAACCUCGAUUUGCUUGAACAGGGGCCGGUAGGUAAUGAUGACGUUUCUAUUGUUUGCGCCCGCAAGUACGAAAUGGCUAGGAUGAUGUAAAGACAGAAAAUGCCGAAGGGACCGCUUAGGUAGAUUUUGUGACAUUUAGUGUGCAGUCAUGCUUCGAUACUCUUUUGCGUUACGUGGUGUUAUCAGUGACAUUUUGUGGAGCAGUUGUUUUGCCGAAAGUUAUGGUCCAAAAGACACUCGUUAAGCGCAGAUGAAGUUAUAGGGUGUGUAUAACUGUGUAUAAGAGUUUGGGAGACACGAGUUCACAAAUCUUUGAUUGUAAACCUUGCCAGACACUUUUUCUCUUUCUUUGACCGGAAUAAGACUCAGCCCCAAACAAACAAGUCGAGUGAAUCAACGGGUAGCUUAUCACUAGCAGAACGAUGGACGAUUACAGAAAUUCACCGACAAUCAAUUUCUGUGCUGACUUAUUCCCUGCCCACAGAUGUCCUUCCGCUGUAAAGUUUAAAAUAAGACUGCAACGCGAGAUCGUGAGGUGAUCAAAAACGUCCUUUUAAUUCCAAGGCUUACUUUCCUGCAAAUAAAAUGAACUGAGUGUCAACAGUGAAAAAGAAAUAGCGAAAAAAUCAACUUCGAAUUAAAUCGUUUCUUAUGGUUUAGAAUAAACUAUUCUCGAAACUGAGAAUGUUUUGAUCAAAGCUGUGUAAAUCGAACUGAAACAGUGCGUGGAACCUUGCGUUUCCUGUAUUUAUCUCGCCUAUUGUAUGGAAUAUGCGUGAAAAUCUUCAUUGUGAAUCGGUAUUAUUUCAACGGAGCUACACAACGAGCAAGAAUAACCGACAAUAUACAGAGCGGGGGGCAGCUGUAGUGUCAACAGUAGUGGAGGAGGGAUGUUUUACGCCGGUUUUUUGCGGAUUUAAUUAACUUUUUGAGCGCUAUAAAUUAACGCAGAUGACGUCAUGCAUCUCAUUAAGAUAGGAUGAUUAAUAGUUUAAAUUAACGCAGAUGACGUCAUGCAUCUCAUUAAGAUAGGAUGCUGUCAUACUUUAAAUUAAUGCUGAUGACGUCAUUGAUUCCAUUAAGAUAGGAUGAUGUCAUAGUUUAUUUUUAGAUGGCAAGGAGCAAGUGACGUCAGAAUUUCCUAGAGUUGACGUCAUCAAAAAAUGUUGAGAUCAUAAUCUAUAAACAAAAAAGUGAUUUUUAUAUUAUAUAAUGUUCUUAUAACUAAGUUAUCAACGCUUGGUUUCUCGAAGCCGUUUCUGCGCUGCCUGAAUAGCUACUUGUGUGACCGGUCACAUUUCGUACAGAUCGAUGAUCGUACAUCUGAAUCAGUGAACGUAUAUUUUGGUGUGCCACGAGGGUCGAUCCUCGGCCCAAUGUUAUUUAAUCUCUAUGUUUUCGAUUUGCAAGAACAUCUCCCUUCCUCGAUUGGUUCAUUUCAAUACGCUGACGAUACUACAAUAUACUCCAGCUGUCCAGCUCCUGAGCUACAAACAUGUGCGCAAGAACUAAACUCCACACUAAACACUGUGAGCUCCUGGUCUAACGACUCCCAUCUAGCACUUAAUUCGAAGAAGACAAAGACGAUGUUGCUAUCCACAAGCCAGAUGUCACAUGUACAUAGUUUAGAUAAGAACCGACCAGCUAUUACAAUUUCAGAUAGUACAUUAGAAUAUGGAAAUGUAAGUAGGCUUCUUGGUGUCCAUUUUCACCAGCAUCUUAACUGGGAUGAGCACGUGAAAGCAACAUGCAAGAGCUGUUACGGAACAAUACAAAUAAUAAGAAAACUUAAGAACUUUGCUGGUUAUAGGCUCAGAAAGCACUUAGUGGAGUUACUGGUGCUGUCAAAACUUGACUAUUGUGACACUGUCUAUUACCCUUUGCCGGAAUUUCAACUAAAACGUUUACAACGUGUCCAGCUAUUAGCUGCUAGUUUUGUCCUGAAUAGGUAUGUAAAUGACAUUAACGAUAUUGUUAAGAUAGCAUGGUUACCAGUAAGACAGCGAAAAGAUUUCCACGUUCUCAAACUCGUUCACCAGGCUUUGUACUUCCCCAGCUGGCCGUCUUACGUACCACUAGAUACUGUUAAACAUAUGCGAUCUUUGCGGUCAGGAGCAGCAACAAGAUUAACUAUACCAAUGGAGAUGGGCACUUUUCAAGACUCUGCUGCCAAGUUAUUUAAUGUCCUUCCGGCAAAUAUUCACUUAAGAAAGCAGUCAAAAAUAGGGUACAAUACCAUGGGGAACGUUGUAAUAGAGGGCAAUUCAUAGCACUGUGGAAUACCACGUUUUAAAAAGGUAUAUAGUCGACUCUCUAGGAACCACAAACUAUUUUAUCACACAUUACACGAAAAAACCUAAAAUUUUUAGUGAUAUGAGCUGUUCUUUUAGUUUCUGAAUGGUGAUUUUGCAGUAUUUCGUAUCCGUGGUAUAGUUAAUGUGCAAAUCUGUCACCGAACCACCAUGGUGCAGCAAUGGCUAAAAUCAUUCUCCCGUUAGCAAUCUGGAUUUAUCCUUUAGAAUUGCCUCUAGGUUUUGUGACGGGUUUAUGGAUGAUUGAGACCAUUGGCCGUAGACCGUACUUGAUCCAUCUUACUUGGAGUUCUCAAUAGUUAAUGACCUUAGGCAGGCUUGACCUUCGUUCAUGUAAUCUACUUUUUAUUGCAUCAAGGCUUAAUGCCAAGUCUGAUAGUUUAGUUUCAUGGCAUCGAGAAUCUGGUGCCACAGCUGUUGAUGCUUUCAGUAUUACCCGGGCUAAUUUUAAUUGUUACGCUUUUCCUCAGUUUUAGUUAGCUGUCUCGACUUUCGGCCAAAGAAAAAGGUAACCAAAACGUGUCCUAAGCCGUUUUCGCCAUCUCUGUACGGUUUUAUUUGCAGUCACUCGUAAGAAAGCCACUGAUGUUAUAAAGACUCCUUCUACUCACUGCGCCGCCUUAUUAACGCCUGUUGGCUCGGAUCUCAAUGACGGAAUAAAAAUAAAACAGCGCUGUCACCUACUUAGGCAGCAGAAUGAAGUGAAAUGCCCAUAGUAACUUAGUAGAUGUCAUGGAUGGAGUCUUUCCUUCAAAAGAACCUUUUUCAAAUAAUGAAUAUCUGAUUUUGGGUGCAAACUUGAGUCGAUGUAGAUUUUCUUGCCGUUGGCAAACUGACCAAAACAACUUUUCCAAUGGCUCAUGAAGCCAAAAAAAGGACGUCUUACCUUCUCGUUUUAUGUGAUAAAAAGGUUCACGCAAAUAUUUGUAAAAGUUAAUCAAAAAAUGAAAAAUAAAAGGGUGUUGGAAUCUUAUUUUAAUCUUUUUUACUACCAGUUAUCAUCUUCGGCCGGACUUACUCUUCUCCGAAGCCACCCCUCUUCUAUGAAGGGUGUUUUGAAUUUUGUUAUCACCGAUGCAAUGGAUAGUCAGUUCUGUUAAAGCUCUUUAGAAAGCUAAACUCCGGAGGUGAACAGGUUUCCAAAACGUUAGUUGUGCUUAAUUAUUGACUUAAACCUACUCUAUCAUGUCAAAAAAUAGAUUUUCUUAAAAAAAACCACUUUUUUUAAAGACAUGAACUUUAAUACUAACAAAAUGAGACAUGCUGUAAUUCUUCGAAAAGAAAAUGGGUCCUGCUUAAGUCGAAUCGGCGUACAAUAUUGCUUGUAAUCAAAUGGAUAAAAUACAAUUUAAAUUCCUUUUAGUGAUGUUGAAAAGAUUGUCGACCCUUUAUUUUUUUACGGCACGAUUUUAAGUGGGUACCAAGGUUACACAUGUACAAGAUGAUUCUUAAGUUAAAAAAGCUGACAAACAUUGUUUUAAAGAAUAAUAUAAAGAAUGGUAAAAGAGGGUCAAAAACGAGAUUCACCUUGUGCAGAUUCACCUGAUCGGGAUUCGGGAUCGGCACCUGAUCACAGUAGUAUCCGUAAUAAAGAGGUUAAGUUUAUAUGAAAUUACUCUCUGGGGCCGAGAUUUCGUGUCCGUUGUCCGUAUUAGAGAGAGUCGGUAUUAGGGAGGUUUUUUUUUAAAGAAAAUAUAUGAGAAUUUCUCGGGACAUUGGAAACUGUCCGUAAUAUAGAGGAGUCCAUAUUAUGAGGUGUCCGUACCGAGAGGUUCAACUGUAUUCUUUUCUACCACUAAUUAUCAUGUGAAAGGUUUAAAUCCAGGAGUCAUUGCAAAAGUAGGUUGAGUCAGGCCCGUAACCAGGAUUUUAUGUUUGGGGGGGGGGGUGCUAACGAGGCCAAAGCGGACCCAACUACGGAAAUGUAUUUUUUAUCGUCUGAUCCGUUUAUUUAGGAAACUAGCAAUACAUGAGAAAUUGUAACGGCAAAGAACACGGUAGGAACUAAAUAUUACAUUUUUCGAAUACAACUGUUUGAAUUUAGUUAUAAAGGAGUAAUUUUACGAUGUAAAAUGAUACAUCAAAAUACUGCGGAACUAAUCCGUCAGAACAGUUCCGAGCUCCAGCCUCAGUGGAUGUAGCGACUAAAUCUCAGAGCGUAAUAAUGGGAUCAAGACUGGUGGACAUUGCGAAAAAGAGUAUGAUUUACAGUUUAUAUCUCGCUGUAAAACUGUAGUUAACUGAGAUAGAUCUGAAGUCGUGGUUUCAGCUGGGCUGUCGUCGCAGACUGCACUGUCAUUGUCAGCGUCUGAUAGCUCUUGACGGGGUACUUUACUGACCCAUUGCACAGGAAAAAUAACGUAUUCCCAUUUUUGGAUAUUUUAGGGUAUUUAAAGAAUACCCAUAUAAAUCCCAAAUUUGGCAAAGUGAGACAAGCCCCAACCGGGGAAUUCCCAACUAAGUUCCCAGAUUGGGACUUGUCUCACUCUUCCAAAUUUGGGAUUUUUGUGGGUAUUCUUUAAAUACCCUAAAAUAUCCAAAAAUGGGAAUCCGUUAUUUUUUCCUGUGUUGUAUCGAGAGACUGGCAAGAUUUAGCUGCAGCCUUCCUUUUUCUAUUUUCCUGUUCUCUCCUACCCAUAACGUAUUACACAAAGAACUAAUUUUGCAUCUUCAGGCGUUCAUGCGCUCGUACUAGAGAAUACUACCCAAAGCGUUAGCGGACGUGUCUGACAAAAAUCGUGAGAUCGCUCCCUUGUCAUUGUCUCGCUCGUCGUAAACUCCCGUGCAAAGCCUGCGCCCCGGGGCCUGCGCACGUUAAUUCCAUUAUUCAUUUACAUAAGCUCGGACAUCUGUGCGCUCAUUGAAAUGCCCUGAAUGGCUCGGGCUACUAGAGUGUAGCUGGUUUUAUUUUCCCAGUGAAUACACCACUGCUUUUUCCAUUCUUUGAUUUUGUUUAAAUAUCACUGGACUGUUAAGUUUGAAACUUUAGUUUAACCGACUGCACGCCUUAACUUGGAUAUUGAGUAUCAAAAUGCGGACCUUUGGGGCCUGUGGGGAGGUGCGAACGCACCCCGUGCACCCCUCCUGGUUACGGGUCUGUGAGUUUCAUCGUCCGAGUAAACGUAGUCCUGAAUAGAACUGUUGUUGUCAUCUCUGUGCGGUCAUCUUCAGAGUCAAGGUAAGUUGUAUCACGUCAGUUGAUGGUAUUAUACUCUGGUUAUAGAGCAAAACUCUGGUGGUAAAAAGGUUACUUUCCAAAAUGUUAGUUUUGUUAACCAUUGACUUCAAAAUACUCGGUCAUUUCAAAAAAAAAAAUUGCUUUCAAGAGAAAACCGUUUUUAAAGGCAUCAUUUUUUGACAUUUUGAAACUGCGACAUGCUAUAAUUCGUCGCUAGUACUCUCUAGGGUGGAUCCCGCUUUAGUCAAAGCGGCGUACAACGUUGCUUGUCCUCAACCUAACGGAAACACUUUAAUAACUUUAUGCUGUGCUUAUAAUGUUGGAAAGAGUGUGGACCCGUUUACCAUGGCUUUCAGCGGAUACCUAGGUCACGCAUGUAAAAGAUAACUGUUAAGUUAUAGAAACAAAUACGAGCUAAAAAAUAGAGUUCUAAAGAAUAAUACAAUGAAUGCUAACCUGAGAAUAGUAUGAUGAAUGGUAAAAGAGGGUCAAAAAUGUGACUUCACGUACCGCGCCACGAAAAGCCUUUCUCCUUAAUAAAAAAGGAGUUUUAAGGAAAUCGAUCUUUCAUAGUUUAGCCUUAAAAAAUUACUACAUUUGAAUGUAAAUAAGGUCAAUUCUCGUCGAAAUAUGUUUUUUAUGAAAAUCGAGAAGAUAGAUUUGUAAGCAGCUCGAACGUUUAAAUCGUUGUUGUCAAAGGACGCACAACGAUCAACAGACAGUCACUAUUCUUUUCUACCACCGAGUAUCACC